CUGUCGGCGGAGCGAGCCGCGGCUCCAUGGUGCAGCUGCUCGCGUUGGCGUACGAGCCGAACAUUGCUGCGAAUUUUCCUACACCGCAAUUAGUCGAUGUCGUCAGCAAGUCGGGCCGCAAAGCACGCCAGCGCCCAUUCGGCAGCUCUCUGAUCACGCCAAAUUCAAGCGCGGUAAGCAAAGUCACAGCGCCCGUCGAAGCAACCUUCCCGAUCGUGUCUCCAAUGUGGUCGCUCCCCGCGCUAUCAGCGUCGGGCGACGCUACGUAACGCUUCUCCCAGUACGCAGUACGCAUGUUAGUGUAGUCCUGCAGUUUCGUCUCGUAGCCGCGGUAACACCUACGUGUGUCAAGCUGGAACCGUCGCAAAAUCCGCCGGCUUGCGUCCACGGCACUCCUCAGCCCAGCAGCGGUAGCGCUGGUCGAUCUUCUCCUGACAACAGAGAGGCUGUCAUGGCAGAAGGGGGUCCUGCUGGUGAAGGCCAGAUCGGUAACGGUGCCCUGCACCGCGUGCUUGGUUGGUCGUCGGUGGCCCGCUCCUACAGCGCUGGACGAGGGCUGAACCUGACCGGCUCAAGAAACCUGCGGCGUGACAUUCAUCAGGUUCUCAUGGGCCUGACCCCUCUGAUCGAGCAGUCCUCCUUGAACGUCCAGCCGUCGCAGCUCUGGCGACAGGCACAGCAGCACUAUGAGAAUCCACGCCCACCCAGCACUCCUAGCCUGGCUUCGUCCUCUUCCUCAGUCCAAGUAAAUGCAGGUGCGGGCUCGUCAUAUGUGAUCAACAUGGAGCCAGAGGCCACGCCAACACCUCCAUUGCCCAACACUCGCAGCUUGUCCGAAGUGGUUGGUGGAGCAGUGUCCGGAGCACAGCAGACUGGCCCAAACAACGCUGACACGGGGACGGGCACAGAUGGUGGGGUGACCGCCACGCCCGAGGUUCAAGCCUUUCUCAUGCUGGUGGACAAGUAUGUCACCUUCGUGCUGAUCCUGCUCCUCAAGCUUGCGUUCGACCAUCGUGUGGGUAUGCUAGCAAUCCUAGGACUCUUCAUCACAUUUUGCCAUGCCAACUCUGUUAUCAAGCGCGAGGUCAGCAAACAGGCGAAGCGACAUCUUAGCAGCCUUCUCAUCGUGGUCACCAACGUGUGCACCUGCGUCUGCUUCGUCUACUUCCUGCUUGCCGACAAGGGCCUCGCCUAUGCGCUCAUCCUGGUGCCUCCGUACAGCCAGCCCAUUGGUGGACUGGAAGUGGUGUGGAUCGUGGUGGUCACUGACUUCGUGCUCAAGCUGAUUACCAUCCUGGUGAAGGCAGUGAUCCUCGCCCUUCCCGCCUGCCUCUCUGCUUUCCCGAGACGGGGCCGCUACUACCUGUUUGUGGAAUGCUGCUCUCAGCUGUACCGAUCAGUGAUGCCCAUGCAGCACUGGUUGUACUAUUUCUCGGAGUCGUACACCGGCACGGGCAAGAUGUUCAGCAUGAUUCUCUCUGGGGCGUACUUGCUCUGCAAGUGCACAGACAUCGUCUCCAAGACCAGAGCUUGGAAAAGAGGCCUCAUUCAAGUUAUGUCCAAUGUGAACUAUGGCCAUCCGCCUACAGCAGAGCAAACAAAGGCAGUUGGUGACACUUGCCCAAUAUGCCAGGAUGACUUCAAGCGGCCCACAAUGUUAGCGUGCAAUCACAUCUUCUGCGAAGAGUGCGUGUCGGUAUGGUUCGACAGAGAACGGACUUGUCCCAUGUGCCGAGCGCAGAUUGCAGACGACCCGACAUGGCGCGACGGCUCGACGACAUUCCUCAUCCAAGUCUUUUAAACUGGGACCAGGCUACCAAGCCCCGCUCAUUCCUUUUAGAAAAAUGAAGAAAAAAAACUAGAGAAAAGUUUAAAAUGCCUUACUGAAGGAGACCUCCCCCCCACCGUGUGUGUGAUCAACGCCUCCAUCGUAAUUGCACAUUUUCCUGUGCUGCUUCACUUUGCCAAGCCUCACUUGAGUGACUGUGCAAGAAGGGGGGAAAAAAUUUUUUUUUGGUGUGUCGUGGCAAGGAGGUUCCCCCCUCUUUUGACUGUUGUGUGUGCAUGUGUGAUGCACAUAUGUGCAGUGUAGUGAUAACGGUGACAGGGCACAUGUGAAAUCUAAUCAAUAAAGGAAUUUAUGGCGACUGUU